UCCGUCCACGCACCAGCCAGCUCCAUUAUGGCAACACGAAGCCCCAGCAUUGUGAUUAGUGAUGAUGAACCAGGUUAUGACCUAGAUUUAUUUUGUAUACCUAAUCAUUAUGCUCAGGAUUUGGAAAAGGUGUUUAUUCCUCAUGGAUUAAUUAUGUACAGGACGGAACGGCUUGCACGAGAUGUGAUGAAGGAGAUGGGAAGCCAUCACAUUGUAGCCCUCAAGGGGGGCUAUAAAUUCUUUGCUGACCUGCUGGAUUACAUUCAAGCAGUGAACAGAAACAGUGAUAGAUCCAUUCUUAUGACUGUAGACUUCAUCAGACUGAAAAGCUGUAAUGACCAGUCCACAAGGGAUAUAAAAGUAAUUGGUGGAGAUGAUCUCUCAACUUUAACUGGAAAGAAUGUCUUGAUUGUUGAAGAUAUAAUUGAAACAGGCAAAACAAUGCAAACCUUGCUUUCCUUGGUCCAGCAGUAUAAUCCAAAGAUGGUCAAGGUUGCAAGUUUGCUGGUGAAAAGGACUCCUCAAAGUAUUGGAUACAGACCAGAUUUUGUUGGAUUUGAAAUUCCAGACAAGUUUGUUGUAGGAUAUGCCCUUGACUAUAAUGAAUAUUUCAGGGAUUUGAAUCAUGUUUGUGUCAUUAGUGAAACUGGAGAAGCAAAAUACAAAGCCCAAGUUGAGAGUUCAAGUUGAAUUUGGAAACAUCUAGAGUCCCAUUGAAAUCA